AUGUCAUCUUGGUUUCCAAUUCCCACGAAGAGUCACUUCUCUCUCGCCAAUUUACCUUUUGGUAUAGUCUCAACUUCGACUCAGUCGGCACCUCGACCAGCUGUAGCUAUCGGCGAGCAAGCACUUGACCUGUCUGUUUUUGCGCAGAAUGAUGGAUUCUCAAAGUUAUCCGACUUCCCAGCCGAGAAAAUCGAUGUAUUUUCCCAAUCUACAUUGAAUGACUUUGCUGCUCUCGGAAGAAAAGUGCAUCGUGCCACAAGAGCUUAUCUUCAAGAUGUUUUUCGGAACGACACACCAUACCCCGAGAUCCUCAAGAAUAAUGCAUACUUGCGAGAACAGGCUUUGAUACCACUUGCCAACGUCAUUUCUCAUGCACCACUUAGCAUCGGAGAUUACACUGACUUCUUCGCCGGUCGUAACCAUGCGCAAACUGUGGGUGCUUUAUUCCGGGGUCCCGCCAAUGCCCUCCAGCCAAACUAUAGCCAUCUGCCUGUCGCGUACCACGGACGUGCAAGCUCCGUUGUUGUUUCUGGUACUCCAUUGCAGAGACCCUGGGGCCAAGUACUUCCCAGCCCCCAAUCCCAAGACCCGGUAUUCAAGCCCUGUGCCAGACUGGACAUCGAGUUAGAACUUGGCAUGUUUGUCAGCAAGGGUAACAAACUUGGUUCUUCAAUUGCUGUUGAGGAUGCAGAGGACUAUAUCUUUGGAUAUGUUCUUAUGAAUGAUUGGAGUGCGAGAGACAUUCAGCAGUGGGAGUAUGUUCCACUCGGUCCGUUCAAUGCUAAGAACUUUGGGACAUCCAUUAGUCCUUGGGUCGUGCUAGCCGAUGCGCUGGAGCCAUUCAGAGGUGAAGGACUUCUAAAUGAGACGCCGCUGCAGAAGUAUCUCGAGGAGAAGAGAAAGGACCCAAUCCUUCAUAUCAACCUUGAAGUUUCACUCACAACCAACAAAGGUCAUACAACGAAGAUCACAACAACAAGUUCCAAGAACCUAUUGUGGUCCUGGCCUCAGAUGCUUGCUCACCAUUCUAUAUCGGGGUGCAACAUGCGUACGGGAGAUUUGCUUGGAUCCGGAACUAUCUCUGGUCUGGAGCCGGGCACACAGGGCAGUCUUCUUGAGCAAACACAAGGAGGAAAGGUCUCCGUCCAGUUGGAUGGUGGGGAGGAGCGUAAAUUCGUUCAGGACGGUGACACUAUCACCAUUACUGGCUGGUCGGGCAAUGCCGACGAUGGGCUUGUAGGCUUUGGAGAGUGUUCUGGUACUAUUUUGGCUGCUGUGUCGAGAGAUUAA